UGUACCACUUUCGCUUUCCAUACCGCGGUGGCUCACGUUUGUCCAUAGCGUCAUAAGUUUCGUUUUGCCCCCAAGUUUCUAUGUAUUGUGCUCGGGGUUUGAAUGAAAAUGACAAGACGCAUGAUGUCGCGGUUGGGCCAGUGGUCGUCUUAUGCGUUUGCUGUGGAGUUUGAUACGAAAUCUGACCCAAUCUACUUCUCUCUAAACGCUAAGAAAAGCAAAGAGGUGCAGCAAGUGUUCAAAAAUGUCGACGCUAAUGAAAGAUGCUACUCGCUCCAUGUUUACAGCGACGACAACUUUCAAAGAGCUAGGUUUUUUGGAGGGCUGAAAAACAAACUCCUAAAGGAAUUACCUUCAGAAUGUAAAGUUGCGGAAAUGUCCGCAUUUCAGCCUAAUGUGAGAGAUUCUGUUAUGAGAGGAUAUUUUCUAAAAGACACAACGAAGUCAUCUGUGACUGAACGACUAUUGGGCGAGCUGCUUCGCAAUGAUCCAGUCUACGUAUGCUCCUAUUUGUGCGGAGAAGACAGUGGGUGGACGCAACAUCUCUGGUCCCAUACGGAGGACGGCAGGGUGGAGGCGUCUGAGACGUAUUAUGUAGAACCAGCUGAAAAGCCGGAGCAUCAUCCGUCAACUCUAAAUAUAAUCAACUCUGAUGUGUUCUACAGUUUUGACGAUGCCUACAAAGUUCUGAAACAGUGUAGGGAUAUCAUCCCAGAAUCCAAGGAUGUGCUUGAUCUUGUUGACCAGAGGCUUGAGUCCAAGGAGGAAACAGCCUUUCCCGUUAUUGUCAUAGAGGGAUUAGAUGCUACUGGUAAAACCACUCUGACUGAGUCCCUGAAGGAAGCCCUGGGGGCAACUCUUUUGAGGUCCCCUCCCCAGUGUCUGUCCCCGUGGAGGGCCCGCUUCGAUGCUGAGCCCCCUGUCAUCCGCCGGGCCUUCUAUGCCCUUGGGAACUACCUGACAGCUGGACAGAUAAGCCACGAGGCCAGACGAGCACCUGUCAUCGUAGACAGGUAUUGGCACAGCACAGCAGCCUAUGCCAUAGCCACGGCGGUGGGGGGUAAGGUGAGGAACCUGCCCCAGGCUGGUAGCAAGGUGUAUGUAUGGCCAGGGGACCUACUGAUGCCCAGCCUGGUACUCCUGCUUCAACUCAACCCACAGGAGAGAGUCAGGAGGCUACAGGUCCGAGGCCAGGACAAGACCACGGAGGAGGAGGAGUUGGAGGCCAACAGCCUCUUCAGACAAAAGGUGGAGGAGACAUUCCAGCGGAUCCAGGGCCCAGCCUGCAUCACGGUGGAUGCCAGUCCUUCUGCUGACCAAGUGCUCCGACAAGUGCUGCUUUUAAUUAGGGACAAAUGCCACUUAUAAACAGCUCCUCUUCACCUCUCCCAGUCUUGCUGCAGUUCGACUGCUGCACCAGGGUUGUCCACUAGGUGGCAGUGGAGUGCCAUUGAUUUGAUACGUUCAGAGCUUGUUAGAAGACUGGAGUCUUAUUUGGCAAAGGGCCAGAGCUAACACAAACAAACAGAAACACACACGCAUGCACUCAAUAGCACACAGUGUCUCUCUUUCAUACACAACACUAACACUCCCACACAUGCACACAGACCCACACACACACAUACACAGAGCCAAGACCCCGCCCAGGGCAUGGUACAACAUGCCAGUUUCUGUCCGUCUGCCAUCAGCAAGAUGAGGGAGAAACAUUCUCAUGAAUACUAUUGUGAUCUGUCAGUAGGGAUACAUAGGGACGGGUAGUCACAAUGACAAGCAUUUUUAUUAGACCCGAAAUUCCGGAAAUUAAAGGGAAGGUUUGUUUAUUCAUCAAUCACUUCUAUUUCAUUUAAACAGCCAGCUCUGAAUUUCCACUUUAAAGUGGAAAGCUGGACCCCAGAGUUAGAACACACAAAGAGCCAUAUGAUUAAUUUCACAUUACAGUAACACUCUACUGCUCAUUUGUUUAAGUACUGUUGCAGAUUAAAGGAAACAUGUUGAAUAUACCAGAAGUCAGGCUUUGGGCUGUUUUUGAUUGAUUGUAUGCAUAUUAUACAAUACAUUUCCUGUACAGUGCUUUGUCAGGGAUUUAUUAUAUCUAAUUUUCUGGAUAAGUCUCAUGGGAUGCAAAGGAAAAAGUUCAAAAUGUACUGGGUUGGGGCGGUGUGGGCAAAACUGUGGAAGGUUGUUUGCUUUCGGGAGGGUUGUGUGUUUCUUUUAUUGGGCAAACAGGUGGUUAGUGUCUCUUACUAUACCACAAGUCAAUAUAGUCUACCAGUCAAAUGUAUAUCCUGAUCUCUUACAAUACCACAAGUCAAUAUAGUCUACCAGUCAAAUGUCUGUCCUGAUCUCUUACUAUACCACAAGUCAAUAUAGUCUACCAGUCAAAUGUCUGUCCUGAUCUCUUACUAUACCACAAGUCAAUAUAGUCUACCAGUCAAAUGUCUGUCCUGAUCUCUUACUAUACCACAAGUCAAUAUAGUCUACCAGUCAAAUGUCUGUCCUGAUCUCUUACUAUACCACAAGUCAAUAUAGUCUACCAGUCAAAUGUCUGUCCUGAUCUCUUACUAUACCACAAGUCAAUAUAGUCUACCAGUCAAAUGUCUGUCCUGAUCUCUUACUAUACCACAAGUCAAUAUAGUCUACCAGUCAAAUGUAUAUCCUGCCUUUA